AUGGAUAAUCAAGCGAAUCAAAAUCAAGUUCAACCUCCACGUGAAGGAGAAGAAGAAGAAGACGAAGAUCCUUCUAAGAUGGAGGAUGAAGAGUUAAUCGCAAAGGUUAACAAACUCAUGGAUAAAAUCACUUCCUCUCCCGAUAACCCCAAACCUAACGUUCUACAUGCUCUUGCAUCCAUUCUUGAAACUCAAGAGACUCGAUACAUGGAAGAUAAUAGUCAUUCUUCGUCUACCAAUGCACGUGCUGCUCAUAACAUUGGGCGUCUUGGGGGUAUAAUUCGGGAAAACGAUGAUUUCUUUGAGUUAAUAUCUUUGAAGUUUCUGUCAGAAACUGGAUACUCAACUGCGGUUCGAGCUGCUGCUGUCAGACUUAUCUUGUGCUGUUCUCUAACUUGGAUUUAUCCUCAUGUUUUUGAAGAACCUGUCCUCGAGAACUUAAAAAAUUGGGCUACUGAUGAUAGUACUGAGGAGCAAAACCUGAAACCUGAACUGGGACGAAAGGAGGCCUCAGAUUCUGAAAUGUUGAAAGCAUAUUCUACUGGGCUCCUUGCCGUGUGUUUGGUUGGCGGAGGUCAAAUAGUGGAAGAUGUAUUAACAUCUGGCUUGUCAGCUAAGCUAAUGCGUUAUCUUCGUGUGCGUGUGCUGGGCGAGUCAAGUGGCAGCCAGAAAGAUAUUAGUCAUUUAUCCGAAAACAAACAUUCAUCUGGGAAUACUCCAGUAAGAGGUAGAGAUGAUGGUCGUGGAAGGUUUCGCCAGCUCCUAGAAAUGAGUCAUUUAGGUGAUACAAGGAUUAAUGAAGAGGGAUCUUUAGAUGACCAAGGUCCUGAACAGGGUCAGGAUAGAAGUGCUAGUGGACAGGCUUGUCAAGAAGAUCCCUGGAUAGAUGAUGAACCAUCUGAUGGACUCAGCAAAGGUGCUGAUGUUGGUGAGGUGGAUUCUGAUGGGGAGGAUAGAUGGCGUUGUAGAGAUAUCCGUGAUGGUAGGAUAAAAUAUGGUGAGCAUGAAGACAAUGGUAGGGAUGAAUCUUCAAGGCGGCGUACUAACCGUGGAUUGGGAAGAUCAAGGGGGAAAGGAAGGGCCAACGAUGGGCUGCUAGAAAGUGAACCCAUUUUGUCAUCUGCUGGUUCUGCCAGUCGAUUAGGACAGGGGCGGAGUGGUAGAGAUAGGAGUUCUUUGAAGAACAGUGAUGUUAAACGGGUACCUGAUUCUAAAAAGGCUCUUACCAGUACCGUUUCCGAAGCUUUCGUUUCCGAAAGAGAGGAUAAUGAUGCUUGUUUCCAAGAGUGCUUUAUUGGAAGUAAAGAUAUCUCUGAUCUUGUUCGAAAAGCAGUCCAAGCUGCUGAGGCUGAAGCUAGAUCAGACAAUGCCCCUGAAGAAGCUGUCAAAGCAGCUGGUGAUGCUGCUGCUGAUCUUGUUAAAACUGCAGCUUUAGAGGAAUACAAAUCCACCAACAAUGAAGAGGUAGCUUUUUUGGCUGCUUCUAGAGCUGCAUCAACUGUUAUCGAUGCUGCAUCUGCUGUUGAAGUUUCAAGGAAAUCUGUCUGCAUUAGUACAGAGACAGAGAAUGUUAGUGGCAGAGACACAGAAUCUAGUGAGGAUGUUGAAGAUUAUUUCAUCCCAGACAUUCAAAUACUUACACAAUUGAGGGAAAAAUAUUGCAUUCAGUGUCUUGCAUUACUUGGAGAAUAUGUAGAAGUUCUGGGACCUGUAUUGCACGAGAAGGGGGUUGAUGUUUGUCUUGGACUUUUGCAGCAAAGUUCUAAACAUCAGGAUCCAUCCAAGGUUGCUUUCCUGUUGCCUGAUGUCAUGAAGCUGAUAUGUGCUUUAGCUGCCCAUAGGAAAUUUGCUGCACUAUUUGUGGACCGUGGAGGAAUGCAAAAGCUGCUUGCUGUACCUAGAAUGGCCCAAACAUUCUUUGGCCUUUCUUCUUGUCUAUUUACUAUUGGUUCCCUUCAGGGGAUAAUGGAACGGGUUUGCGCUCUUCCUUCUGAUGUCAUUUAUCACGUAGUUGAGUUGGCUCUCCAACUCAUUGAGUGUAAUCAAGAUCUUGCCCGGAAGAAUGCAGCACUGUUUUUUUCUGCCGCAUUUGUCUUCCGAGCAGUACUCGAUGCUUUUGACUCUCAGGAUGGCUUACAGAAAUUACUGGGCCUUCUCAAUGAUGCUGUUUCCAUAAGAUCAGGAGUAACCUCUGGAGCCUUGGGCUCGUCUAACUCAGGAUUACUUCGAAAUGACAGAACAUCAUCCGCAGAAGUGCUGACAUCAUCUGAGAAGCAGGUAGCCUAUCACACUUGUGUUGCUCUGCGGCAAUAUUUCAGAGCACACCUCCUAUUAUUAAUAGAUUCUAUUCGUCCAAACAAAAGCAAUCGCAGUGCUGCUAGAAAUAUUCCAAGUACAAGGGCUGCUUACAAGCCACUUGAUAUUAGUAAUGAGGCAAUGGAUGCAGUAUUCCUACAAUUACAAAAAGAUCGGAAGCUAGGUCCUGCAUUUGUGAGAACAGGUUGGCGGGAAGUUGAAAAGUUCUUGGCAUCUAAUGGGCAUAUUACUAUGUUGGAAUUGUGUCAGGCCCCAACUGUGGAGCGAUAUCUACAUGAUUUGCUACAGUAUGCAUUGGGGGUUUUGCAAAUUGUUACAUUAGUACCUAGCAGUCGAAAGAUGAUUGUAAAUGCAACAUUAAGCACCAACCGUUCUGGUAUUUAUGUAAUUUUGGAUGCAGCAAAUAUUAGCAAUAGUCAUGUGGACCCCGAGAUAAUUCAAUCAGCAUUAAAUGUUUUAAUCAACCUUGUUUGCCCUCCUCCUUCAAUCAGCAAUAAACCACCUGUAGUGUCACAAGGCCAUCAGUUUGCGCCUUCCCAAACCUCUAAUGGUGCUCUCUCAGAGACUAGAGACAGAUAUGCCGACCGAUCUGCUCAAGUCUCCAGCCAUGUUGAUCCUAGGGAGAGGAAUGGGGAGUCCAGUGCUAUAGAUCGUGGCAAUGCUGCAGCACUUACUACACAAUCUGUGAAUAGUACUCCCCAAACUCCCGUUCCUUCUGCAAGCUCAGGCUUGGUUGGUGAUCGAAGAAUAACUCUGGGUGCUGGAGCACGCUGUGCCGGGCUUGCCACACAGCUGGAACAAGGAUAUCAUCAGGCAAGAGAGGCUGUCUGUUCUAGUAAUGGUAUAAAGGUUCUUAUACAAAUCAUCUCUUCGCGUGUAUAUUCAUCUCCUGCUGCUCUGGACUGCCUUCGUGCUCUAGCUUGUCGAGUUCUGCUUGGAUUAGCCAGAGAUGACAAUAUUGCACAUACAUUGACAAAACUUCAGGUCGGGAAAAAAGUGUCUGACAUAAUUCGAGAUUCAGGUAGCACAACACUCGGAACAGAACAGGGUAGGUGGCAAGCUGAACUAUCCCAGGCUGCAAUUGAGCUAAUUGGGAUUGUGGCUAAUUUAGGACGUGCAAGCACAUUAGUUGCUAGUGAUGCAGCUACUCCUACAUUAAGGCGCAUUGAAAGAGCUGCUAUAGCUGCCGCCACUCCUAUUACUUACCCUUCAAGUGAACUCUUGCUCUUAAUUCAUGAACAUUUACAGGCAUCUGGUUUGGGGCAAACUGCUGCUUUAUUGCUUAAAGAGGCUCAGUUAACUCCUUUGUCAUCAUUACUUGCUCCAUCUUCUCUAGCACAACAACCCACAACACAGGAAGCUUCUUCAACACAGGUUCAGUGGCCUUCUGGUCGUACUCCUAGUGGAUUUCUCACUAGCAAAUUAAAGUUUAAUUCAAAGAAUGAAGAUGCUUGCUUGAAAAGUGAUGCCAUGUCUGCAAAGAAAAAGUCACUAACUUUCUCAUCGUCUUUUGGUUCCCAUACAAGACACCAAGUCAUUGACUCUCGGCAGUCAUCAGCCAGAAAAUUGUUACGUAAUGGGAAAGACUCUUCAGAAACUUGUAUAUCAGAGAAUCCAUCUGAAUCUUCAGUGAAACCUAACACUGAAACUGGACCUCAGUUCAAGACUCCAAUCACCUUGCCGUCCAAACGGAAGUUAUCGGAUUUAAAGGAUAUACCGAUGUUAUCAUCAUCUGGCAAGCGACUAAAUGUUGGGGAUCCGGGACUUCGCUCUCCUAUUUCCUCAAGUGCAGUUCGUAAAAGCAGCUUGCAUACCGAUGCUGCUGGGCUUUUGACUCCAGCUAGUAAUUUUAGGAGUCAUCAUGGCCGAUUUGCAGCUGACUAUGUGGAUGAGAACCAGCACUGCAUCUCUAGUCUAUCUCAGACGACACCUUCCUGCCAAGUAGUGAAUGACCUCCAGCCCAACAACCUUGAGCGUGUCACACUAGAUUCUCUGGUGGUUCAGUAUCUGAAACAUCAGCAUCGCCAAUGCCCAGCCCCCAUUACUACCCUUCCUCCAAUAUCUCUUCUGCACCCACAUGUUUGUCCUGAACCUAAGCGAAGCCUCGAUGCCCCCUCUAAUGUGACUGCUCGCCUUGGUACCCGCGAAUUUAAGUUUAUGUAUGGUGGAGUACAUGGUAAUCGCAGGGAUCGUCAAUUUGUUUUCAGCCGGUUUAGGCCAUGGCGUACUUACCGGGACGAUGCCGGUGCAUUAUUUACUUGCAUUACAUUUGUUGGAGACUCUUCUCAUAUUGCUGUGGGUAGCCAUACUGGAGAACUCAAAUUUUUUGAUUCCAACAACAGUAACGUGGUAGAGAGCUUCACAGGUCACCAGUCUCCGUUAACUCUAGUUCAGUCUUUUGUGUCUGGUGAGACCCAAUUGUUGCUUUCUUCAUGCUCUCAAGAGGUUAAGCUGUGGGAUGCAACAUCGAUAUUAGGUGGUCCCACCCGUUCAUUUGAAGGCUGUAAGGCUGCAAGGUUUAGUAACUCUGGGAAUACUUUUGCUGCCCUGUCAUCAGAAUCUACAGGACGGGAAAUCCUUUUAUAUGAUAUUGAAAGUUACCAGUUAAAAGAGAAGUUGUCUGAUACAUCAACUAUUUCUACAGGGCGGGGUCAUGUUUAUUCUUUAAUCCACUUUAGCCCUGCCGAUUCAAUGCUGCUUUGGAAUGGUGUCCUAUGGGACCCACGGGUAUCUACGCCUGUUCAUCGCUUUGAUCAGUUCACAGAUUAUGGAGGUGGAGGUUUUCAUCCUGCUGGAAAUGAGGUUAUUAUAAACUCUGAAGUCUGGGAUCUCCGCAAAUUCAGACUUCUGCGUAGUGUAGCUUCAUUAGAUCAGACAUCAAUAACAUUCAAUGCCCGUGGUGAUGUUAUGUAUGCAAUGUUAAGGAGAAAUCUUGAGGAUGUAAUGUCAGCAAUGAAUGCACGUCGUGUCAAGCACCCGCUGUUUUCAGCUUUUCGCACAUUGGAUGCAAUAAAUUAUUCUGACAUUGCUACUACCCCUGUGGAUCGCUGUGUUCUUGAUUUUGCAACCGAGCCAACAGAUUCAUUUAUUGGUUUGAUUACCAUGGAUGAUCAAGGUGAGAUGUAUUCAUCAGCCAGAUCAUAUGAAAUUGGUCGUCGGAGGCCAACUGAUGACGAUUCUGAUCCUGAUGAUGCUGAAAGCGAGGAGGAAGACGAAGAUGAGGACGAAGAUGAUGAAGAUCCUCUUUUAGGCCCUGGCUUUGGCGGGGAAAGCGACAGUGAUGCUGAUGACAUGAGCAAUGAUGAUGAUAGUGUAAGUGAUCCCGAUGACGAUGAUGAUGAAGACGGCGGUUUCAUAAUGAAUGACGUAGACUUUGAUGGAGAAGCAGACAUGUUAGAUAUGGUAUCCGAUGGUGAUGAGGACGAUGAUGACAGUCAAGGACUUUCAGAGAGUAGCGACGAUUAUGACUUUGGUUAUUAA